UUGUUAAUUUAAUGUUUUAACGACUCAGUUCUCAGCUAUAUGUUCAAAAUUCCUACAGUUUUUAGUUUUAGAAUGAGGAUCACGCCUUGUUAACUGACUUAUGAGCCACCAGUAUUUAAUUACGUUUUAAAAAAUAAUUUAUACAAAAUAUAAAUUUCUUACAAGUGUGAAAUGCAUAAUUAUCUUUAAUGCAAAGCCGAUAAUCACAUGGCUGAUUGUGAUUCACGUGGAAAAUGUUAUCAUUUGAUAACCUUAUAAUUUCAUCUAUAGAAAUGUAAGUCAAUGCGACAUGUUAUACCAGCUAUUCUUUAACAUUCAACUACUAUUAAAACAAAAUAAAGCAAGAUAAAAAUUGUUUUAAACGUUUAAAUACUCCAGAAAUUAAGGAUUAUUAUAUUUAAUGAUCAAAAGAUUCCACAUAAAACUAUAACCUUACGUUCUACCUUUUGUUCUGAAGAACUAAAUAUAUGAAAAUGGGCCUUGAAGGAGAUACAGCAAAGUCAGAAUUAAGAAGCAUAAAUCUCUCAAACGAAGACAGGAAGAAAACCGAAGAUAUGGAAAAUAGAACAUGUUUACAGAUUCUUAAAGGUCUUACAAUAGAAUCGUUUAUGAUUCUCUUCAUGUUUGCUUAUCUCCUAGGCAAUGUUUCUACUAAAAACAUUUAUAUCGAUAAAGUUUGCUUGAAUGUCUACAACUUUUCAGCUAACAUCUGUGAUCAUCUGGAUAAUUAUACUGACGAGAAGGAUAGAGUAGAAAUAACAGCAGAUAAUUAUAACUUAUACAGCUCUUUAAUCACUACUAUACCGGCGAUAUUUUUCACUUUGGUCAUAGCACCAUGGAGUGACAAAUAUGGAAGAAAGCUACCCAUAUUUUUAUCAUUGAUCGGUAUAGGAUUAGAAAACGUUGGAUUAAUAUUAAAUACAAUUUACUUUAGUAUACCUUUGUACUGGAUGCUUGUAAGUGCAAUUCCUGCUGGUAUAUUUGGAGGAUUGACAGUGACUAUAACGUGCUUGUACAGUUUAAUUUCCGAACAGACAACUCGGAAACAAAGAACUAUAAAAUAUGCACUCUUAGAAAUAUCGUUUGGAAUGGGUGCUCCUCUUGGUACCUCUGUGGGAGGUGUAAUAUACAAAAAUUAUGGCUAUUUAUACGUAUAUGUGACGAGUCUGUCGUUGCAAUUUUUGGCUGCUGUGUGGUUAAUUUUCGUAAUUAAUGAUAAUAGAAAUAUCCGAAAGAUUUUUAACUUCAAGGCUGUUAGUGAUUUAUUUUGUUUUACAAACAUUAAAGAAAGUUGUGAAGCCGUUGCCAAGCGUCGACCGAAUGGAAUUAGCAAAGAGAUUUUGUUGUUAAUAGCUUCAAUGUGCAUAUUGAUAAGCAUUUAUUCAGCAAUGGAUGGUUUCGAAUUUUAUUUUGCAAAACAUAUGUACAAUUGGGAUGUAACUGCAUUCUCUAACGUCAAAUCUUUAUUGAUUAUUUCUGGAAUGGUCAUUAUUAUCAUCGCCAUUCCUAUAAUAAUUAAAGUGUUAAAGGUCACUGAUUCUUGCCUUGGCGAAAUCGGUAGCAUCUCUAUGUUUUUAUCAAACAUCAUGAAAGGAUUUGCUUAUAAAGCUUGGCUUUAUUAUUUAGCCGGUUUUACUGGUGCAUUAAGUGGAAUGAGUUUGUUCGCAGUUCGUUCGAGAAUUUCAAAGAUAGUAUCGGGAGACGAAUUAGGUAAAAUAUUUGCAUUUUUAUCCUCUUGCGAAUCACUAGUUCCUGUUGUGAGUAAUUUGUUGUUUACUCAGAUUUUUAAUGCCACUAUCCGUACCUUUCCUGGUACUGCAUAUGUUGUCGCUGGUGCUUUCUGUAUACUCCCAAUCAUUGUCUUUUGGUGGAUUGGCCGAAAGAAGAGUAACAAUUAUGAAAACAUCAAUUAAUCUAGAAUUAAAUUUUUCAAACAAAAGUUUGGUUAUAAAUGUAUGAAAAUAAAUAUAUAUUGUCGUUUUUACCUUUAUAACUGAACCUUAUGAGAUUUUAAUACAAUUCGUUAUAAAUUUUUAAAUAGGUAAAAUUUGAUUUUAAAAGUAUUUAAAUUAUUUUUAUUGCUGAACUAACGAAGCACUGUAUGAUAUAAGUACAUUCGGUCAAAUCAAGGUAUUAUGAAAAUAUGUAUAAUUUACUUGCUGUA